CUGCAGGACGUCCCACACAGACACACACAGACACAAUACAGACAGCCUAUACGCUGAUGAACGUGAAUUUCACACAGAUUCUGAAAAAAACUGAAGAUGAUACAUUGUAACAUCCGUUUCUAGGCGACCGUGAAAGUUUAAAAGUUCCAUUAGAACGCGACUGUUACAUGAAAGAAAACGGUUCGAUUGAAUUCACAGCGGCAGAGUUUGGAUACUUUUGGAACGCGCGUUUAUGUGUUUCCUAGAACUUAGAACAGUAACUAAUAGAUAAUUAAAUGGUUUUAAACGUGAAGAGAUGUGCACAGCACAGAUGUUGCAGGACAUGGAUCAGCGGCUGCAGGAAGAAGGGUUGAACUCUUCGGCUUCCAGCGAUGAGCGUCUGUCUGUGCUGUGGCAGCUUUACAAGAGCAGUGAAAGUACCGUGAGAUCCCUCAACCAGCAGAUCCAAGAUCUGCAGAAGGAACGUGUUGCUGAGAUUGAAAAGGUUCAGCAAUAUGUCAAUCACAUUAAGAGUCUCACAAAGACCCGAGACUCUGUGGCUUUACAUCUGGAGCAAGAAAACAAAACGCUCCAUGCUGCCCUGGAUGACAUCCGCCGACAACAAGAGGCGCAGAGGAGCGAAAUCUCUGAGAUGUUACUCCAGGAAGGUCUGGCUGAUAUUAUUCCCAUCAGCCUGAGUGAACAGGUGGCUUACCUCCUCGCAGACAGAGCCUCCCUGCUGGAGAAAAUGCAAAGCCAGGAGAACAUGGAUGUGAAGAUCACACAGGAUCCUGAUGUUCAUAAAGAGGAUUGUAGAGGAAAUGUGGUCAGAGUGGUACCACCACAUGUUCAAAGCCCUUGGAAGAGACUUCUAGGACUCAGAAAAGCUGCUCAGAGUAAACAGAAAUUACUGCCUCAGGUGGUUGACCUGCAGUGCAGUGGGGAUGACAAGACGAAGGGACGGACGUUGCAGGAACUGGAGCGAGAUGUGGAAGAGGCCUCGGCUCGACUCGCCAUGGCCCACAAGGAGAUCCGCAGACUCACGGAUGAGCUGGAGUCGGCUCACCUGACCCAAAAGGCUUAUGAACCAGAGCUGCAAGAAGCUCAAAUGGAAGUGGAGCACCUCCGACACGAAGUGGAGAAACUGAAACGCUGUGAAGUUGCUGAAUUGCGAAAAACAAAAGAGAUGAACGAGAAACAGGAAGUAGAGUUGUGCCGCCUCAGGGAGAGUGUGAAGAGGCUACAAGCGGAGCAUGUGCAUUUGUUUGAAAUGAAAGAAGCCCCUGACAGCACUGGCACUGCAUCCAAAGGCAAAAACCCACAGGAAGAGGAUAUCCAUAAACGGUGUCUGGAUGAGAUGCAGGAGAGGUUACACAUGCUGCAAGACCUGACGCAGGUCACGCUGAAACUGCGGAUGGAUUUCGAGACGGAGGCCGACCUGCGCAGGAGGGCAGCGGACGAAUGUGAAGAGCAGAAGAGGAAGAGGACGGAUGCGGAGCAGUUAGUGCGAGACUUCCAGAACCUCUGCGAGAAGCAGGCGGACGAUUACAGGAACACCGUCGGCAGCCUUCAGGUGGAGAUCAGAGAUUUAAUAACUAAGGUACGAGAGCUUGAGGCACACGAUGUGGAAAGGCAAUGUGACAAACACCUGAAGCAGGUGUCAUCUCUGGAGGAUGAGGUUUGCCAGCUGAAGUUUGUCCUUCAGGAGGAGCAGCAGAAGACAAGGCAGCUGUCCAUGAACAUGCAGAUGGAAAUUGAACAGGCCAGAGCUUUGGUCCAGUCGCAGGACGUCCAGCUUCAGCGGGAUGCAGAAGAGCAGAAGAGGAUGUUCGAGGAGCUGCAGGACAUCCAGAACAUCCUCAUCGCCACCAAACAAGAGCUGCUGUCCCAGAGGAAAAUCAACACACAGCUGCAAAACAACGUCACUGACGCAGAGCAGGAAAACCUCAGGCAGCUCCAACAAAACAUCGAACACUUGAGGAACAGAAUAACCAGCAGUCAACAGGAGACUGAGUCUCUGAGGACAGAACUUCAGAUAGCUCUAGUUAACGUGGAUGCUGAGAGGAGUAAAUACAACGACAAGCGAAUCCACUACAAAAACAAGCUUAGCCGGGCCAGAGGGGUUUACCUGAGAGAGACGGGGUGGCGUGACGAGAAAAUAAAAGACCUGGAGAAAGAGAUUUUUAUUCUAAGGAAACAAGAGGAAAAGGCAAAACACAUGAUGAAAAUAGUCACAUCUGAAAAUGAAAGUCUGCUUCAGAAGAACAGAGAGCUGCUUUUACAGCUGCACAACUUCGAAGAGGCACAGAAAAAUGCGUUGGAUACCAUUUCAACCAUGAAAAUGAGGAUAAAUUUGCUUGAAAAAGAAAAUAUUCAGCUACAGCAGACAACAGCACAAAUGUCAGAGCACAUCGAAUGCCUGACGAUAUUAGCUGAGACCAACUGCGAUGACGUCACUGCCGAGAGUCGUGUCAUAGAGGGCGAAGACCAAACUACUCUUCCUACAUAAAUAUCUUCUUUUUUCAGUGUAAAUUAUUUUUGUAAACAUAAAUAUUUCUAA